AUGGGACCAAAGGCUAAUUCUGGACAAAAACGCCAGUUGAGCGAGGCACAAGAUUCGGGAUGGGAUGCAGAGUCUCGGGCAAAUCCAUGGGAUGCUAACUUUCCCGCAACGAGGCAACAUGAGGAUGUACCACGUUCGCCGCAUCCAUUCAUUCCAGUGCAGUUUCAAGUUGAGGCAGCACAGCCAGAGCACGCCGAGCAAGUGCGGGAAGAGCCAACGGAUCUAGCAACGCAACGCCCAGUUCAGCCGGAUCAAGUGGUACAUGGGGGAGAAGAGCAUAGAGCAGAAGGAGAAGGCCAGCAGGCUGAGCAGACUCAACAAGUGGAGCGGACUGAACCACCAGUUCAUUUGGGGCAGAUCGAGCAAACAGACUUGACUGGGACACAGACAGAUACACAACAGGCUACAGAUGAAUCAAGGGUGGCAGGCGAAUCUGGACGAGGGCGAGGAAGAAGAAUAGGACGAGCACGGUCACGGGCAUCUACAAGCAGGGGACGGCGGCGAGCGUCAGGGUCAGGAUCAGGAGCCGGACGGGGAGAAACAGUAGAUCAGCGGCCCGAAGUGAUACGGGCACGAGGAACGGGGGUAGGGCGAGGACGAGGUCGAGGUCGAGGUCGAGGACGAGGGGGAAGAUCGAGAGAGAGCCAAAGGCCGGGACGACGUCCACUGGGGGAGCUGGAUCCUGAUUCUUUGUUGGUACAACCCGUUGGCGAACUCGAAGCCAGAGCCGAAGCCCUAGCUGAAAUGGAGGCACGGGUAGCUACACCCGGAGGACCUCAGGCACGGGUUGGCGAGCAACUGAUACAUGAGCAGGUAGUUCAGCAGGAACUCUCGAAUGUACUGGCACAGCGAGGAAGUCUACCAGAAGCACCGGUGCCAGGACCAGUUCCCGCGCCGGUGGAAACGAUACCGCCACAACUAACGCAUCUACGGUACCUGCCGUCUCCUGCGAUACAGCCACAUAUAGCGCACUCGCGGGAGGUACAAACAAUGCUUCAGCAGCAGCAGCAACAGCUACUUCACCGGCAACAUGCGUUACACCAAGCAGCGCAGGGAGAUCUGAUGCUGCAGCGGGCGGUGACUAGUGAGCAGGAAAGUCGACUGCAGGAAAGUGAACCGCAGCAACGUCUAAACGGGGUGCAGCGAAUAUUGCGCGAGAGCGAAAUCCCAAUUUAUGAUGAAGGCCAAGCGGAGAGGUCAGCUCUGCAAGAGAGACAUGCACGGGGCAUGCAGGCGUUGCGGGAGCGGAACUAUGUAAUGCAAAGAGAGCAGGAAGCUGUUGAGAUGAGGCUGCGCCAGGCGAUACAUGAGCCGCUUGAAUAUUACGAACAAGGGCAAGGGAUAGGACUGCUGCGGCCGCGGCAGCUUUCAGUAACGAACCAAAUGCGGUCUACGCCGACACAGUCGUUGUCAGCGGUUAGUUACAGGAGGCGGCUAUCACCGCUUGUGAUACCGCCCGAGGUCCAACAGGAGUUAAUUAGGGAUACUCCUGAAGUUGAUCACGAUGACUAUGAGGAGGGAGCAGUGACUGAGAGUGAGCAUAUGUAUGGUGUUGAGGAUGAGGGUAGGGGUGGAAACGAAAACAAUAACGGGUAUACGAAUGGGGACGGCAUUGAGAACAGCAAUGAAGUAAGAAAUGAAAUCGACGACGGGUAUCAGAGAUUCGAGGAUGAGCAGGCGAGGUACCGGGCAAUAUGGGCGCAGCUCGAUGAGAUCAACGCAGAAUACAUAACGAGACAGCAACAGCAACGCGCAGACGCACAGAGAGCUGCCCAAGGAGAAGGCGGCUGGCCAACACAACUGGAAAUGGAGCAGCAACAACUACACCAACAAGAACUACAACAGCAGCAACAGCUGCUGCAACAACAACACCAACAGGAACUACAACAGCAACAAGAACUACAACAGCAGCAACAGCUACAGCAACAACAACACCAACAGCAGCAACAACAGCAACAAGUACUACAACAGCAACAACAGCAACAACAGCUGCAGCAACAACAACUGCCAGAGCCUACAUACCCACCACUGACUCAAUCCCCAGCCAUACCAGGGUACCACCCCCACUAUCGGCCUCAGGGCUUCUACCCCGUCAGCCGGGGGGUAUCAGAGGCGAUUUCAGUGCAGCAAGCCGCCCGUCUCGCGCGGGGAGAAUUCCUCGACCCCGACGAAGAAUUCAUGACGUUCGAUCUCACUUCUGUGUUCAGCGAACCAGUCUACCGUGACGGGCCCAGCGGACGAGCUCUCCCCACUGACCGAGCGGAACCUGCAGGGUCAACAUGA